AGCCGCCGAGGCACAGGCUGGAACGAGGGGAGAGGAGCUGAACGGGUCUCCGGAGUUCUGCCGGGGUUUAUUUGUAUCUAAGCGUGAGGAGAAGUGCAGAGAAAGCUUACAGGACUGAGCCGGUUUACUUAACGUUACUAAAAGCGGUUUUCCUAAAGAGGAGCUUGGUAUAAUCAAGGCUUAAAAACAUGGAACAGAGGAACCAAGAGCUGUUUGUUGCUUGUUUUCAGGGACUGAUGGAGUCUGUGGUGUGCCUGUAUCUUGCUGCGCGCAUCCUGGACACAGCCCUGAGCGCUCACCCAGGAAACCGAGCUGUGGCAGAAGCAGCUUCCCCCGUGCAGCUGCCAGGCUGGCGUGCGGGAUGCACUUGUGUUCAUUGGUACUGCUUAGCCCCUCCCAGCUGGACCAGCGGGUAACAAAAUGGGAAUAAGACUCUUAAAGUUAGUCCAGAACUUAGUGGAGAUACAGAUGUCUCCACUUACCUUUUCUAUUUUUGUACCAGCUCCACAGAAAUGCCAUAAUAUUGUUGUCACUCUGAGAAGAGAACUUGUUAAAGAACUAGUUUCCUACACUCAAGAAGAGCUGCAAUAUGUAGCAAACGCUGCAGAGCUGGAAGAACAGCUUCAUGGAAAUGGAGUUUCUCAGUCAUUAAGGAAGUUAAAAGCAUUUUGCACUAUUACGGCUUGGGGAAAUAUUUUUAUAUUAGGAAGUUAUUUUUUCCCUAGACUGCAAAUAAGCUGAAGUUAAGGUGGUUUGUUCUUUUAUUGACUGGUUUUGAUUGAGUUACACUGAGACUGUCUCACAAUGUCAGCAGUGCUAAUUGAACUGGAUAAACUUUCUUCAGAUGAAAUUGAGAGCAAAGAGGAUUCCAAGUCAGACUUUAAGGAAGGCAAAUCAAGUGAUUUAUGUGCCGUUCAUCAAGGUUUUCAACUUCACUGCUCACGUUCUGCACCAGCUGGUAUGAAUACCAGCAAGAGUGAGACAGUGAAAGAACAUCCCUUACAACCCUCUAGAAGAUCGCUGCCAUGCUUAGCUCAGAGCCAAACUCAUCCUCAGAGUCUGAGCAAGCAUUCUUCAUUUCUGCAGCCAAAUCGUGUGCAGCCACAGCCUCGGCCUCAGCCCCUGAGUGCAGGGACAUCCACAGCUACAGUGGAUGUAGUGUCAGAACGAGCUAAAGUGAUGGAGACUUUGGAAAACAACUUGAUCAAGCUGUCUAAUACAGAAUACAAUGAUCCAUUUUUAGAUGUAGGAAAGGACAAAGACACAUACACAGAUGAUUCAGAGCAUGGGAAUUACGAUGUUCGUACAGAUCAGUCAUUGCUUAUUCAAAACAAGCUUGCCAGACAGAAAACAGAACCUCGGACUAAAUCAUCUUUAAAGACUGAUGCCAUGGCAUCGUCAGGCCUCUUCUUCAAAGAUGGAAAAAAGCGCAUUGAUUACAUCUUGGUCUACAAAAAGUCAAGUCUACAGGUAGAAAAAAGAAGCACAUUUGAGAAGAAUUUGAGAGCAGAAGGGCUGAUGUUAGAACGAGAGCCAGCUGUUACGAACAGUGAUAUCAUGUUUGUUAAAAUUCACUGUCCAUGGGAGACUUUGUGCAAAUACGCAGAAAGAAUGAACAUCAGGAUGCCUUUCAGGAAAAAAUGUUAUUACACUGACUGGAGGAGCAAAGCCAUGGGCAGUUUGCAGAGGAAUAUGAGAGAGCUGAAAAGCUGGCUGCCCAGAAAUCCAAUGAAGCUUGAUAAGGAGGCCCUACCUGAUCUCGAAGAGACGGAUUGCUACACAGCACCCUUUAGCCGUGCACGCAUACACCACUUUACAAUAAACAAUAAAGACAGCUUCUUCAGCAACUCCACGAGAAGUAGAAUCGUGCAUCACAUGCUACAGAGAACGAAGUAUGAAGAUGGAAAAUCCAAAAUGGGUAUUAAUAGAUUACUAAAUAAUGGAACUUAUGAAGCAGCAUUUCCACCACAUGAGGGAAGCCACAAAAGCAGACAUCCCAUCAAAACGCAUGGAGCUCAGAAUCACAGACACCUUUUAUACGAGCGUUGGGCACGGUGGGGAAUGUGGUACAAAUACCAACCUCUUGAUUUAAUCAGGCGAUAUUUUGGUGAAAAAAUUGGACUGUAUUUUGCCUGGUUGGGAUGGUAUACUGGAAUGCUGAUUCCUGCUGCCCUGGUUGGGCUCUUUGUUUUCCUUUAUGGAUUAUUUACGAUGGAUUCCAGCCAAGUAAGCAAAGAGAUCUGCGAGGCAAAUGAAACCAUCAUGUGCCCUAUGUGUGAACGCAAUUGCACACUACAAAAACUCAAUGAAAGCUGCAUAUACGCCAAGGUUACACAUUUGUUUGAUAAUGGAGGGACUGUCUUCUUUGCUAUUUUCAUGGCAAUCUGGGCUACAGUCUUUCUAGAGUUUUGGAAAAGAAGGAGAGCUGUAUUAACCUAUGAUUGGGACCUCAUAGACUGGGAAGAUGAAGAGGAAGAACUGCGCCCCCAGUUUGAAGCUAAAUAUUCCCAAGUGGAAAGAGUAAAUCCCAUCACAGGAAAACCUGAACCUUUUCAGCCUUUCCCUGAUAAGCUCAGUCGACUGAUGGUGUCUGUCUCAGGAAUAUUCUUCAUGAUUUCACUGGUCCUCACUGCAGUGUUUGCAGUUGUUGUGUAUCGUCUGGUAGCCAUGGAACAAUUUGCUUCCUUCAAGUGGUAUUUCAUCAAGAAGUAUUGGCAGUUUGCAACGUCUGGCACUGGAGUCUGUAUCAAUUUUAUGAUCAUCAUGUCACUCAAUGUUGUAUACGAGAAGGUUGCCUAUCUCCUGACAGAUUUAGAGCACCCAAGAACAGAAUCCGAAUGGGAAAACAGCUUUGCCUUGAAAAUGUUCCUCUUCCAGUUUGUCAACUUGAACAGUUCUAUCUUUUACAUUGCCUUUUUUCUGGGCAGAUUUGCAGGCCGCCCAGGAAAGUACAACAAGCUUUUUAACAGAUGGAGACUGGAAGAGUGUCAUCCCAGUGGCUGCUUGAUAGAUCUGUGUCUGCAGAUGGGAGUUAUUAUGGUUUUAAAACAAAUGUGGAACAAUUUCAUGGAGCUAGGCUAUCCUUUAUUACAGAAUUGGUGGUCACGACGCAAAAUGAAGAGGAGAGGACAAUCAAUGGAGCAUAAAAUUUCUCUACCUCAGUGGGAGAAAGAUUGGAAUCUGCAGCCUAUGAAUCUCCACGGCUUGAUGGAUGAAUACUUGGAGAUGGUUUUACAGUUUGGCUUCACCACUAUCUUUGUUGCUGCCUUCCCACUGGCACCUCUCCUGGCAUUGCUGAACAAUAUCAUAGAAAUAAGGUUAGAUGCAUAUAAGUUUGUCACUCAGUGGAGAAGACCUAUGCCUGCAAGAGCAACAGAUAUAGGUAUCUGGUAUGGGAUUCUUGAAGGAAUUGGAGUUCUGGCUGUCAUCACUAAUGCCUUUGUUAUUGCCAUUACUUCCGAUUACAUUCCACGUUUUGUCUAUGCAUACAAAUACGGUCCCUGUACAGAUCAAGGAUACAGACAAGAAAAAUGCUUAAAAGGAUAUGUCAACAGCAGCUUAUCAGUAUUUGAUUUGAGUGAACUUGGAAUGGGAUACUCAGGAUACUGCCGGUAUAGAGAUUACAGAGCCCCACCAUGGAGUUCAACUCCAUAUGAAUUCACUUUGCAGUUCUGGCAUGUCCUGGCAGCACGGCUGGCCUUCAUUAUAGUUUUUGAGCACCUUGUUUUUGGAAUCAAGUCUUUCAUUGCUUACCUGAUUCCAGACAUGCCCAAAGACUUGUGCGACAGAAUGAGGAGAGAGAAAUACUUAGUCCAGGAAAUGAUGUAUGAGGCUGAACUAGAGCAUUUGCAGAGAGAAAGAAAAAAGAAUGGGAAACAAUAUCACCAUGAAUGGCCUUAGUCAAUACCAUGCUGCAACAGAAACACUGUUUGGAAGUUGAAGAGUGCAGUUUAAAAAUGAAGUCAGUCUGUCAUCAGUGUAUGAGAUUGGCAAUGUAUAUAUGUUCCUGCUGGGCUGUACAGUUGCAGGCUUCGGUAGGAAGUGGAAAACAGGUGCUUCCAAUGAAGAAAAUGAAGAGCCUUAUCAGUAACCGGUCUCUGGGGAGCACCAAGUACUGGCACUCAGGAAUGUGCAGACGGAUUAAAAAUUUGGAUACUGAUUUUUUAAAAAGGCAAUGAACAUUCGUGCUGUUCAUGAAGGUACUAACAGCGUAAUGAAAACAAAAAAUUGCCUGUAAACUUAUACAGUAUGGGCAUGACAAAAACAAAUUACAUGAUAUCCACUACAGCUUCUGAUUGCUCAGCUGCAUCUGUAAUGCCUCUGAAGAAAAAAGCAGUUGUUGCCUUUGUGGCCAUAACUUGAUAUAAAUGAGCUUUCAGGCUUACUGUUUUGUCAGGUUUGUCCUAGUCUCUUGUUGAGAUUGUGGAUGUGGUCCUACCCUAGAAAAGGGGUAUAUGGCUGCUUAAUAUAUACUAUGCAGUUUAAGAUUUGCACAUCAGUGUCAUUAAUUUAUCUUUCUAGUUGAAAACCAAAAAAUCUAAAUUCAAAGAGAAAGCAGCACUAAGAGAACACAUUGCUUUGCCCACACUGCAGCUGUAUUUGAAAAUGACAUGGCUGUGAGUUGUCUUUCCACUUUUAUGUGCAGAAAGGCCACCUCCACACACAUCCAGGAUGAAAGAACUGUCAUUUCCAUGCUCUGAUGUAUCAUGCAGAUGUCCAACUGUGUUACUGUUCUCUUUGAACUGUCUGAGCAGUGAUUCCAUGACUUCACAGAAUGCUAACUUGAAAUAUUCUAAUACAGUGCAAAUGACUUUGUUCUGAAUAUAAAAUUAACUAUUUAUAGUAUGCAAGCUUAUGCAGAUAUAUAUCAGACGUACAGUAUAACAUUUUGACUUGCUUGUUCAGGGAAGGAGAAGCAGAGUACCUUAUAACAAUGCUCUUAUUGUAAUAGUAAAUGUUCCAGUAAUGUGCACUUCUUUUAUUGGGCUAAAUAAGUCAAAGCAUGGGAAUUAGAUGCAGGCAGAUAUCUAUACAGAUUGUAUAUAAAAGCACACACACACACAGUGGUUACUUUUAGAUUUUUUAUUAUUAUUUGUAUGCCUUCUUACAGUUUUGGGGGCCUUUUUGGAUAAAAUCACUCUAAAAAGUAGAUGUUCAUAUAUAAAGAAUCAAAUUUCAUUUUUUAUGUGCAUGCAGUAUGGGGUAGUGUUGCUUAUGGUCAUAGUCACAUUUUGGUGAUGGAACUGUAUUAACGUUUCAUAAUUUGGGAAUAGAUAAUCACUUAAUUUAAAAAAUCAAAACAACCGGGCAGUGUUCACUUGCAGAGAAGGGAGUGGGGAAACCAAGUUACAGUCAUUCUGUUUAUCUUCUGCGAUUUUAAUAAUCAUUCUUUAUACUGGAUGAGAAAAAAAUAAAAGAACCAACAAAAGCACAUGAACACAUAUAAAGGCUGCAAGUUAUAGCAUUAUUUUAGGGAUAAAGCUGCAAUGAAAUCACUGCUGACAGAUAUGAAAAGACAUGAAAUUUUACUUGUUAAAAUAGCAUAUUGAGCCAAAAAGUGUGAUUCCAGUAUUCACUUGCAUAUAUUAGAGCAAUCACUUUUUUUUUUGUAUUAUGCCAUAUAAAUUUAAUUUUUAAGAGUCAAGAGCCCAUCAAAGUAGAUGAGUAAUAUCUGCCAGUGGACCUAGCAUCAUACCUUAAGUUCUUUACUCAUUUCACCAUAUUCAUGAAAUUCUGUGGUUAAUUCCAGCUCUCUGUGACCAGACAAGGCAACUAUAGGAAUGUCUGCACUAUUACACAAAGGAGGAAGGAGAUUGGAAGGUAUGAUCUAAUCAGAUGUAUUAGCCAUUAGAUCUAUGAUAAUGGGCUGAUGGAACUCAGCUUUCCAUAUUUCGGAAGGGCUGGGUUUUUUCCUUCAUAUUUUGGGUUGCACACUAAGUUCCUCAGGAGUCCUUAUCAGAAAUAUCAGCCCUCUCCUCAGUGCUCAUAGGUUCUUGCUAUUUAAGUUAAUUUAUUCUCUCACUGUUUCAUACUGUGGAGUAUCAAGCACCAUUUGACAGCAUUAACCAGGUGUCACAGGUCCCAUUUUUGUGCCAGGUAGUGAUAAUACUUCAGUUCUUCAGAAGGUCACAGAUGAGCUCUCUUUUUAAUGUUUUCUCUAAAAACAAAAUGCCUUGGCUGGCCCAAGGUAUAAAGAUUUAGAAUAAAAUUUGGCAAAAAUCAGAAAUAUUAUUUUAUACUUUCUCAUUUCUGAUGUCGAUAUUGCCACAUGUGAAAAUAUACUUAGGCAAAUUCCAACUGAAUUUCCAAGUGCAUAUGAAAGAAAGACGUUUUGUAUUUGAGUAUGAUUUUGGAUUUAAAUAUAUAUAUAUUCUUAAUGAUUUUCAGCACUGGUGUACAGAAAUAUAUCAAAGGCAAGUAUGUAGAUCUGACAUAGUGCAGAUUAUGCACUGGAAAAGCACAAGAAAUUUUGGAGAAACACUGUGUGUGUUCCUUUGUUUCGGAAGGACAGGAACAAUGUCUGAAAGUUUUGCCACUAGUAGCCAUUUGCUUAAGCUGAGAACUUUUUGCUAGACUUCGUUUAGUAUGCUGUUUGCAUAGACUGCACGUUAUUUUACUAAAGUAUAAGGCACACACUGUCCUCAGGAAUAAUGUAUUUUAUGAAUGGUGAAUGAUCUUUUCAUAUUCUAAGUAUUGUCUUUCCAAAAAAAUGACCAGUAUGAAUAGACUGUGCAUGCAAGCUGCAUUUGUGAAAUCUGACAAAGCUUUAGAACUUCAAUUUGUGCAAAAAUGCUUUAGAUCAUUGCUGAUCUAAUCUAUGACAACUUUGCUCUAUGCAUGCGCCCUUACAGAGACUGCAUGAGCAACUAGAUAUUUUUAAAUACAAAGAAUUAGUCCAAAAUGUCUUAAUGAUUCCUAACCGAAAUCAGUGUUUUGAUUCAGACAAAGGAAAUUUUCAUUUCAGAAAUGGCAAAAAAUCCACAUACGUUAUACACGUUUCUAUUUACUUCUCAUUCUAAAUUUGUGCCCAACGUGUGGGAUCUGAAUUUUGGUUAGUAAAAAUGAAAAAAAAAAUGUGUGUGGAAUUUGAAUGCACACAAAGAUUCUGUUUCACUGGCCUUCCUAAUGAGAAGUUCCUUCUUAGGGCUCAGCGUCCCUCUCCAUAGAGAGGGAUUCAUCCACUGCUCAGUAUUCACAGCUGAGUGCCAGCAAGGUUGCCUGCAGUUUGAGCAAAGGCUCUCUGUUUGUUAUGCUGUCAUCUAAUUUCCUUACCAAAAAGACAAUGCAGUGAUUGGGUGUCCUGAUAGAGUGCUAAUAUUUGGAAACAAAGCAGACUACACAAUGGCUUUUUUAUUUUUUAUCUUUUCUUCCCAAUCCACUUUAUAUUUAAGGAUUUAUAGAGGAAAUUUAGCUGAACUUUUAAGUUGAUAUUGAUGAUGACAAGGCUAAAAUUUCCAGAGUGUGAUGAUGAACGAUAAGUGGUUUGUGGGUUUGAUUUUUUUUUUAUGUUUCUUUAGAAGUACAUAACUUCAGACCUACGAAACAGACACAUCAGCUAUGCCCUUUUCUGACAGCAACUAGUCUUGAAUUAUGUUCUGAGGAUCUCAUUUAAGCUCCAUAGUGAUCUAAAGAAAACUCAAAAGAAAAAUGUCUAGAGGGUCUGGUUGGAAGUAGGUUAAUAGCUACUUACCUUAAUGCAUCAAUUCAUUCAUUUCCUGAGGUUUUCUUCAUCAAAAGUUCUACAGGAGGAAAAAUGUCUUAGGAAACACAGCUUUAGGGCGAGUGUUAAUAAGGGGAAAGGUAAAAAUUUGUGAUUUUUUUUUUCUUACCUUAUUAAGAUGACCAGUCUAAUAUAAGUAGUACACAUCUGCAGUUUCCUUCACAGCUGUUUCUGCUUCAAACUCCAAAUGCAAGUGCUGCCAGAGAGAACUGCUGGAGCUAUGGAGUCCGGUGACACUACUUCUGAGGUCCCAUGUGACAUCAUGGGGCUUAUUAAUCUUUGAGUUUGUACAGAGGCAAAUUAGUACGUCCUUAUUUAGAAGCAUCAUACAAUUUUGAUUGACUGAAAAUGAUCCUUGUCCAUAAGAAGGAAAAAAAAAUGAGCUGUUCCCACAUAGUUAACUUGAAUGCAUCACAAAUUUUUUAUUAGGAACUAUUACAAACUAGAUUUUUAUAUACACUGAGCAAUGGUUAAGUAAACUCACUUUGUACAAACAGCUAAAUAUGAAGGCAGUAAAGUUAAUGGAAAAUCAAACGUAUUUUCUAGUAAGUGUUGCAUAUUGGAGAAGAAACUCCCCAAAAAAUAGAUAAUUUCGGAAAAAUAACAAUCCAUGUACCAGUGAUCACUUAGAAUUACAGUAGUACCUCCAGAAGCAUUUUAUUUUUUGUAAUCCUCAUGAACCACUGCUAAUGUUGAUUACUGGGGGUAAAGAUUGAACCGAAUCUAAAAGCAACCUUUCGUAAUAAUGUUUAUUCAGUGUUACAGCUGACACUAGAAUUCAGAGUUUGCCAGUUAGACUUCUGAGAAAGAUGAAGUUAUUUUGUUAGUUCUAAUGUCUGGUUGGACUAAAAUGUAUGUAGUAGCACUUUCUCCAAGUGUUUAAGUGACUUGCAAACCUGAAUUCCUGUGGCAGAAAAUGUAGCGGCCUUAAAAGCUCUCUGUAUCUGUUGGUACUCAACCUCCUGCCAGCAAAGCCCACCUCCUGUUAGAGUGAUAUGGAACCAACCAGCAUUUUGAGGCUGGGGAUGAUCAGAGGAAGCAAAGGUCUCAUGACACAAAGUGCUGCUACAUCUGUCCCAUCUGCCACUUUCCCAGGCACUGCAUUUUGCACUCCUUCUGUCCCUCCCUGCACACACACGUGCACCCUGAAGACCCUACACAAUUCUGGCAUUUUUAAAUGUGAGUAAAUAGAUGAGUGUGGACAAUUUUCUCUAAUUUUGACCUUGUAACCACAUUUACUAAAAAAUAGUAUUGGCAUGAUUUUGGCAUAGUUGCGAUAGCACAAUGUUCCCACAGCAGCACAAAUUUAUAACAGCACAACAAAGAACUCUAGAGAAAUCACUUUGCUGCUCUGUGUUAUGCAGGAACUUUUUUAAUGUGGGACUGGGAUUUUGUUUUAUAUGGUAUAUGGUUAAUGGUAUAUUCCCUCCUCGCUGCACUGGAAAUUAUCUUUUGUCAGUUCUGUUGGCUUGUUCUAACUUCUUGCCAUAACCUCUGUAAUGUUAAAUGUUUCCUGUAGUUUGUACUCUUAUUGACAUGAAAUAGUUGUUCAGAUGCUACUAGAUGAGAAAUUAGGAUUAAACCCAAUGCAGUCCAAAGCUAAUGAGAUUUUAAACAGUGAGAACAUGAUGGUUUUUCUGUUAAUAAUGAAAAAAAAAAUGAGAUCACCUUUUUAUUUUAUGUUCUAUUUAGAUGAAUGAGAAUUUUGUACUGAAAAAUUGACGAAACUGUUGACUCUAAUUUUUACCUAGAGUAGUAUCACUGAAAUUUCAGUUGUUUGAAAUAAUCUCAUGUAAAAUCUAACUACGUAACAUAGUUCAGUCAUUUUUACUCUGACAGUCCUGGCUAACUUGCAAUAUCAUGAUCGUAAAAGAUUUCUUAAAAUGUGUAUAUAUUUGAAAUUUAUGUAAUAUUUAAAUACAACUUGGUUUCUAAGUAAGAAAUUAGAAUACAACUUCAACUAUUUUUUCUAUUCAUAAAUCCAAAUUUUGUAAGUAGUAUUUAGAAUAAGAUUACCACCAAGUGUCUCAGAAAAAGUGACUUUUAUGCACUACAAGCUAGAAGUUCCUCUGUCCUCUCAGCUUUCAUUUUCUUUUGUGUUUAAGAUUACUUUUACAAGCCGAUAUGUACCCCAGAACUAAAAUAAUUCACUAAGGAAAAAGCUGUUGAUCUGAUUAACUAUUGUAAGACACUUUUGGCAUAAAUUUGUCUUUGAGAUGCUGUUUACUUUAUCAAGGUUUACAUGUACAAAUGCAACUACUUACUGUAUCAUACACAUUUGAAUAUUGCAUUUUUCAGUAAUAAACUUGGAUAUCUUUGA